ACAUUCUAUUUUACGAUACCGCUCUGUCCAGCUCAGACGCUGUCACCCUCACCAUCACGCCAUCCUGCCCCUACACGUGGCGUCAGAUUGCGAUCGAUUUCCGUUUCCGUAAUCCAUCUCAUAUACUUUCCCUUGGCGCUCGACUCUCCGACUAUGCAGACCACAACAGAGUCCUACUAAGAAAAUCUGUAUAUCCCCAAAAAGCCCUCCGAGUCUCUUCAAAUUUUCACUCCCUACCCUCAGUGCUCCUGUGAUCAUCCGGCUCUACUUCUCUGCCCUAGUGCCUUCUCCCUCACUCUCCCAGCAACCUGGAAAUGGUGGAGCCGGUGACGCCCGACUGCGACGAGGAACGCUCGCUCCUGCAAGAGUCGAGCAAUGUUGACGAGUCGUGGCGGUUGAACUUCGACGGUUUCCAGGUAUCCUCUGAGCACAAGGAGAAAAGGCCUCCCCGUGGCCUCCAUGACUGCCUUGGGGUUCUAGGCCCGGAAGAUAAUGUGGCAGAGUACUACCAACAACAGGUAGAAAUGCUUGAGGGCUUUACCGAGAUGGAUGUCUUAGCGGAGCGUGGUUUUAUUCCUGGAAUGUCAAAGGAAGAGCAAGAAAAGUUGGCAAACAGUGAGACAUUUGCCAUCAGAAUAUCAAAUGUUGCAAACAUGGUUCUUUUUGCAGCUAAAGUUUAUGCAUCUGUCAGAAGUGGUUCAUUAGCCAUCAUCGCAUCCACAUUAGACUCAUUGCUCGAUCUGUUGUCUGGCUUCAUCCUGUGGUUUACUGCAUUCUCCAUGCAAAGCCCUAACCCAUAUCAGUACCCUAUUGGGAAGAAACGCAUGCAGCCAUUGGGAAUCCUUGUUUUUGCCUCUGUCAUGGCAACCCUGGGACUGCAGAUCAUCCUAGAGUCAAUGCGCACACUAGUUUCUGAUGAGGGUGGGUUCAGAUUGAACAAAGAUCAAGAGCGAUGGGUCGUGGGCAUUAUGCUCUCAGUGACUUUGGUUAAAUUGCUUCUGAUGCUUUAUUGUCGCACUUUCAAGAACGAAAUUGUUAAAGCCUAUGCCCAGGAUCACUUCUUUGAUGUUAUAACUAACGUCAUUGGUCUCGUUGCUGUGCUCCUUGCUAAUUACUUUGAUGAUUGGAUGGACCCUGUUGGAGCUAUCAUUCUGGCCUUGUACACCAUUCGCACCUGGUCCUUGACGGUUUUGGAAAAUGUGAAUACCCUAGUUGGAAAAUCAGCUGCUCCAGAAUAUCUACAAAAACUGACAUACCUUUGUUGGAACCAUCACAAGGCGGUACGGCAUAUAGAUACUGUGCGGGCUUACACCUUUGGCUCUCACUACUUUGUUGAGGUUGACAUUGUCCUGCCAGCAGACAUGCCCUUACAAGUGGCUCAUGACAUAGGAGAAAAGCUGCAGGAGAAGCUCGAGCUCUUGCCCGAAAUCGAGCGUGCCUUUGUUCAUCUAGAUUAUGAGUUCAGUCACAAGCCCGAGCACGCACAGUCACGCUCAUAAAGUGAGGAUUUUUAUUUAUAUAUUACUGUUCCACGUGAAUGCUAGACAUGAUUCGGAACGGGAGGCAAAAUGAAAUGGAAAAAUGUGUAGAUAUUUGGUUAGGCAUCAAGAACAAGUUGGAUUCUUCUAGUUACAAUGGGAAACAAACAUAUGUGUAUGGCUUGUUCCCAA